AUGCCGUCAUUUCUUUUAGACUCGACCGGAUGGACCUACAUGGGUAUGAUGAUCGUCUGGACGGUUGCUUUCAUCGCCGGUGUAGGUUACCUAUGGAUUAAUCGCCAGCUUCAGUCACUCCGCAUGCGAAGAAUUCCACUCCUUCUUGCUGGUCUCAUCCCCCUACAUCUUUAUGGAGUCGUCUGCCUCUUGUCCUAUCUUCUCGGUCCACUCCUCCCUUGCACAGCUGAGUACUGGGUAAUGAAUCUAUACCUUCCCUUCGGUAUUGCUAUCUUCCACGCAACGAAUAGCCAGUUCUUGCACAUCGCGAGUCGACAGAAACAAUUUGCGCAUAUGAGCACACUGAAAGCCUCCAAAUCAAUAGACCAAGAGAGAGCGCAACGGGUCGCAAACAGUCGCUGGAGGAGGAUAUUCGCUGGCGUAGAGAGAUCUGACAACAUCGAACGUACAUUACUACUUAUCGGUGUCGGGAUAGCUAUCCAGAUCCUACUCGCUCUUUUCAUUUUCCUCGGCUCUGAAAAGUUCCACCCUGGCUGGGGACUUUUCAACUACACCAUAGAUGGCACUGGCAUGGAAGCAAGAAUGAACUGUAGCAAAGGCUGGGAGUGGUGGUUGUCUAUCAUUUGGCAAUUCUUCUGGGCAUGGUUCUACGCUCCCUACAUGCUGUGGAAGUCUCGUGGAGUACGAGACGUGCACGGCUGGCGAAUCCAGACGAUUUGCUGCUGCAUCGUUGGUCUUCCGGCGACUCCUCUCUGGCUAGCAGGCCUAUAUAUUCCCCAGAUGGCCCCGGUCAACGCUGUAAUGCCUCCUCCCGUCUGGUUCUCUGCCUGCAUCUUCUUCAUGGAGAUCUUCACGUUAGGGUUUCCCAUUGCUGGAGUCAUCAAAGGCAAUAAACUGCGUCAAGAGACCCUUGAAGCCAUCGCAGACUGGGAAAAACGUCAGGAACGGAACAGCGUUGCUUUUGUCGAUGGCUCGCUAAACGACCUCAGCCUUUACUCCGACACAACCGCUCUCAGCAUCGGCGGUACAGCCACUUUGAAAGGCAAAACGUCUUUUGAGUCUUCCAAAUCUGACCUGCUCACAAUGACUGCCCUAGAGAACGCUCUUCGAACCAACGCCCUCCCACUUCUGGAGUUCGCUGCUCUCAAAGAUUUCUCGGGUGAGAACGUAAGCUUCCUAACCCUCGUGGCAGAUUGGCGACGAUACUGGCUCUCGCCAAGGUCCACAAUGACCCAGCACCGUCGCAGACAAUUCCUUGCGGCUGUCCGCAUCUACGCUCACUUUAUUUCCCUUGAGUUCUCCGAGUUCCCAAUCAACAUCUCUUCAAAAGAAAUGAAGACCUUACACAGCAUAUUCGAGAAGGCGGCCGUUGUCAUGUACCGCACCCGACACAACUCGCUAUCAUCAGAGGUAUCCGAUUCAAUCACACCGUUCGACAACGUACAGCCAGAGGAAUGGCCUGAGUCUCCUACACUUCCAUCCUACUUGGGGGAAGCCUUUGACUCAAAGUCCAGUCCGAAGUCAACCGUAUCGGAUCUCGACAGCCUCGGUCGUGCAAACCUCAAGGCCGUGUCACACAUACAGAUGAUCUGCGAGGAUGAUAUGUUUGCCAACGUAGCGGUUCCGGACGCAUUCAAUGAAAUGGUGUUUGAUGCUGCCGAGACAGAGAUCAAGUACCUUACACUGAUCAAUACCUGGCCACGCUUUGUAAACGCCGGACGUGCUGCUAGUCAAGCGAGUAUAAACGAUGAGGAAAAGGGUAAUGGAUGGAAGGGGAAGAUGUUGUGCUCCCGUUAA